GUGAAUAGAGCGACUGACUGCUUUGUGUGGCAUUGUGCAGCGUGAGCUGAACAGGGAACAGCGCAGUGCGUUCUACACUGUGGCGGGAGAGCGGAGCCAAGCCUGAAUCGCUCAAAAUCUACUGUCGUGUCAAGAGAAAUACAAAUUUCGCCGAAGGGGAAAGCAGUUCGGCACAACAUCUGGAGGUCAGCUCACUCACACCAAGAAGCCAUGAUCAGGGUUGAAGAAGAGAAUAUAUUUGACCACUGCAGGGAAAACAACAUUGAUAAUGUCACCAGGGCCAUCGACUGCAAGAAAGUGGAUGUAAAUAUAAAAGAUGAGGAGGGGAGGAACUUGCUGCACUGGGCCUGCGAUCGGGGACAUGCAGAGCUGGUGUCUGCCCUCCUGCAGAGAAAUGCCAACAUCAACAGCCAGGAUGGUGAAGGUCAAACAGCAUUGCACUAUGCCGCUGCCUGCGAGUUUGCCGACAUCGUGGUGCUGCUCCUCCAGGCCGGAGCGGACCCCUCCAUCGCGGAUCAGGAGGGCUGCUUACCCGAGGAGGUGACUGACUGCAGGGUCAUCUCCGCGCUGCUGCGCCAGCACACCGCCUCCAAAGGCAACACGGAGGAGGUCCGCACCUCCCAGCACCUCCCCGACGCUCCUUCCGCCUCUCCCAGAACACAGUGAAACGAUGAAACGAUCACCACCCUGCUACAUCAGAACUAGGCAUCCGUCCACAGAUGCCGGAUGAAUAAUGGUAAAUAUAUGCGCUGCAUAUUAAUCAAACACUGAAAUUAAUUAAAACACUGAAAACUGA